AUGUCGGAUAUGCCUGCAUCGGCCCUGCUGGGCAUGCUGGUUCCCAAGCUGCCUUACCUGCUGAAGACUGCUUUUCUGAAUGCAUUUUCCAUGUCACCAAACUCGUCGAAAUGGGAUCUCAAGACAGAACUGAUCAUCGCCCUCCUCCGCUCAGAGUUAUCUAAAGUGCCUCCACCUACAAUCACCGAGCAGCAGAACAACACCACCAAGAUUCCCGAAGUCAAAGGACCGAUGUGGGUCAGCAAAGUCACCAUGUCCGCCCCGCCAGAGGACGACAUACGGCAAAAGCUAUUGCAAGCAAUCGACGACAUGAAGAGAGGCAACGAGCAAUACACCAUCCCCUCCCUCAACUCCGUCGAAGGCGAGUGGCACGGGCACCGCGCCGACGCCGCCAAGGACACGCCGGAACCGGCCGGCCUCAGCGAGGCGGACAAGUACACGCGCAUGAUGAAAGAAGCCGGCUCGGACGCCGUCGUUCUCUACUUCCACGGCGGCGCCUACUACCUCAUGGACGCGGCCUCGCAGCGGCCGUUCACGGCGCGCUACGCACAAAUGCUACCAGGAGGCGGGGGGCGCACCUUCGCCGUCCGCUACCGCCUCGCGCCGCAGCACGCGUUCCCGGCGGCCCUGCUCGACGCCCUCGUCGCCUACCUCUCGCUGCUGCACCCGCCGCCGGGGGCGUACCACGCGCCCGUGCCCGCCGAGCGCAUCGUCUUGGCCGGCGACUCGGCCGGCGGCAACCUCGCCCUCGUCCUCAUGCAGACGCUGCUGCAGUGGCGCCGCAGCGGCGCGUCGUCGUCGCUGAUGUGGCACGGCAAGGAGGUCGACGUCCCGCUGCCCGGCGCGAUGACUCUCGCCAGCCCCUGGGCCGACCUCACCCGCAGCCUGCCCUCGCAGAGCGCCAACCAGCGCUACGACUACCUCCCCGGCGCGGAGUGGCGCGGCUCGGUCUACCCGCCGUGUCCAGCCUGGCCCGUCGACCCGCCGCGCGCGCACCUGUACGCCGAGGCGUCGAUGCUGCUGCAUCCGCUGGGCAGCCCGUGCGUGCCGGGCGCGGCGUGGAAGGACUGCCCGCCGACGCUGUUCAUGGUGGGCGAAGAGAUGAUGGCGGAUGAGAGCAAGGUCGUUGCGGCGAGGAUGGUUGGGCAGGGGGUGAGCGUGGGCUGGAUGCAGUUCGAGGCUAUGCCGCAUUGCUUUGGGUUGGUGAUGGAGGACUGCGAGGCGGCCCGGGUCAUGAGGGAGGGGUGGAAGGAGUGGGUGAAGCGGGCGUUGGAGAAGGGAGAUCAGUUGGAGAAUCAGGGGAAUUUCUUUGCGGCGAAGAGUUGUGCGGCGAAAAGGGUGGAUGUGGGAAGGUUGGGGGAGGGACUGAACGAUGAGAAGGUUCUGGAGUUAAUGAAGGAGGCGCAGGAGACGUUGAUGGCAGAAGGAGGGAAAGACGAUAAGAAAGUGCAGGAGACUCCCGUGGUGUAG